CGAGAUGUACAGCGACAUGUCACCUAUCCAUGUAUCUUUAACCAAGGCUGGUACCCGUUGUCGUCUGUACAUGUACUCCGUACACUGCGGCGGAGAUGAAGCUCUUCUCUCAAUCACAGGGAAAGUGCUUCAUCUGAUAUCGAGCAUUUUAUAUGGGUCCCCCUACACAUCUCCCAAAUAAUGCCUACAAGUUUAAGUACAGUGUACUUUUUAUGGCCCCCCCUCCCCCUGGAUACUUGAAGUAUUUUGACAUGUUUGGUGACCCUCGAGAAUCUAUUCUUGCUCUAACGGCUCACGCGACGUCGACAUCGUCCCGACUUGAUGGAAGAAGUAGUGGAGAACCAACGAUGGUACACGCUGUCAGGCUGGUCGGACAAGCUGUUGGAGAAGGAUCCGCCGUCGUGGUCCGACUCGUCGCUGACAGUCCCCAAGGGCAAGGCCCAGUUUGUCGACUACACGUGGCAACUGUACAAAGGAAAGAACGAGUACGACGAGAACGGAUGGAUCUACAACACGUCCUUUGACAAAGGCGGCGCGUUUGGCAAGAAAGGCGCGACGUCUGUCGUUCGAAGUCGCGUGUGGAUGGGACACAAGACCCAGCGAGACGCCAAGGGCAAUAUCACGGUGUCGAUCCACACCCUCCUGCAGCAUGCAUCUGGACCCAAGGCUCUGAAAAGUCCGCCAUCAAGACAGUCCCCAACUUCCGCGCCCUCGUUUCAACCUACGGACCCAGUCCCUCAAGCGUCGUCGUCCUCGACGACUUCAAGUACUCGUGAUGUGAUUCCAGAGGACGAAAACGCGUCCAUCGAUCCCACCACCAGCGAACUCCUAUCAACCAUCGGUGAGGAACCUCCCGUCAUCGCCACUCCAGUCGUCGAAAAGUCGAUCGAGCCACCGUCGUCGUCGUCGGGAUCAUCGUACAUGAGUCUCUUUUCGUCGGCAUUGCACGCCGUCCAGGAAGUCUCAGCAUACGCGUACGACACGGCGCACAUGGCGACGGUCUCUGUGUUUGACGCCGCCCCUUCCGCGCCACCUCCGGCCGCCUCGUCCCGAUCGGGUAGUUCGAACUCCACGCGGCGCUUUCCAGACCUGAGUCCCGCCGAAAAGCAGCUCGUGUCGUGCUGCGCCAACUCGCCAUCGGCCGCCCCCGACAACGCGCCGGAGCCGGUCGAGUCGCCGACGUGCACAGCGUGCCACACGGCAUUCGGCCUGGCCAAAUAUCGAUACUUUUGCGGGUACUGCGCCAACUCGUUUUGCCGCGACCACUUGCCGGCCACCGCCCGGUUGCACGCGUACGGCGGCACCAAACUGUCCAAAAUAUGCGCGACCUGUUCGUCGCUCCUCGCCCAAAAGAUCGAGACGCAGCAGCGCCAUUGGCGCGUCGAGCGGGUCCAGGACUUUUUUGCGGGUGUGUUGGCGCCGUACGUGAGCUUCACGACCGACACGGCGAUGGACAAGGCGUGUCGUGCCGCGGAAGGCACCCUCGUGGCCGCCAAGAACGUGCCGCUGGGGGCGACCGCCCGCCUCGCGGUGGUGAGCGCAGACUUUCUCCGCAAGUACGGCCGCGCGGGACUGCUCGGGUUUGUCCUGCGCAACGAGUUCAUGCAGUCGUUCAACACGCUCAAAGAGUUACUGGGGGACAUGGAGUCUCUCACGGUGCAAGACGCGUCGCUGGGUAUGUACUACUUCAUGGCGACCAACCGUGGACUUCGCGGGUCCAGUCCGACGUUGGAGGAGGACCAACACACGUGCUGCCCGGUCGUGUCAGACGAUCUCUUGGCUCGCAUGAUCAAGUUUGCGCCCAUCACGUUGCACUGUGUGUACGAGCUCGACAUUUUGGACAUGCAACGGUUUGCCAAGUUGCAGGGCUACACGCUCGUGUACGCGUCGGUGGAGAAUCGGACGGCCAACCAGCCUGCGUUUGGGUUGGUGGUGAAACCCGACGAAAAGCUGGGCAUUCUCAUGAUCCGCGGCUCCAAGUCGGUGCAGGAUGUGCUCACGGACCUCCAGAUCGCGUCGGCGGCGACCACGACGUCGACGACUUCGUCUGGACCGCUCGAUUCGUUUGCGCACCACGGGAUGGCCCAGGCGGCGACGUGGGUCAAGCACCAAGUCCACGACUCGUUGAAGGAACUCGACUGCCAAGGCUACCGCUUCAUGAUCAACGGCCACUCGCUCGGCGGCGGCGUCGCGGCGCUCUUGUCUGUGAUGCUGCACGACGAGUUUCCGUCUCUAGAGUGCUUUGCGUACGCCGUGCCCGCGUGCGCCAGUCGAGACAUUGCCGACGCGUGUGUGCCGUACGUGCACUCGAUCGUCCUGCGCGACGACUUUGUACCCCGGGCCAAGACCCACAACAUUGUCAAACUGUCGGCGGAACUCAAGGACUUUCGCGACAAUUGGACACACCACGUCCAUGAAGACUUGAGCGCCGUAAAAUCGCGCGUCGUGUCGCUGUGGGCACCUCGGAAGCGAGAGUGGGCACAGCAAGAGGCGGCGCGGCUGCGUGGCACGAACGUCGUCGUGCAGCCCGUGGCCUCGACUGGUACUACUAGUAGUAGCAGUGGUGAUACUACUAGUAGUAGUGACGGAUCGACCGCCACGGCCGAGGCGUGGACGUUGAAUCGAGCGAACCUUAUGGACCAGUACAAAGAAACAACGUUGCCUCCGAGUUCCAAAGCGGCUGACGACGCGACUGGUGCCGCGGACGAGCAAGUUGAGGACGAUGAUGUUGAUUUAGAGUCCAAGGACACGGUCGAGUUGUUUGUGCCUGGACAGAUCACGCACAUUUACUACGUUCACGGCACGUACGAAGCGGUGCACGUGCGUCGAGACUGCGACGCGUUGUCCCGUAUCCAAGUGUACGAGAACAUGCUGGCGGACCACUUGGGCCGGAAUUACUUGGAGGCGCUGCGGGUGGUCCGGGAUGCCCGGGCGGCCGCGACGCCUCCCCCCGCGUGGGUGCCAUUUGACACGCACACGCGAUGCCAGUGCUGUGAAAGCCCGUUUACGUGGAACUCGACGUCGUCCAGCGAAGCCCAGGCCAAUGUCGACCAGCACAACUGCAGAAACUGCGGGUGGUUGAUUUGCGAUGGCUGCUCCAAGAAACGCGCGUCGCUGCCCAAGUAUGGCAUCAACACCCCCGUCCGAGUGUGCGACCGAUGCUAUUACCAGCUGUAGCUACCCCAACAUGAGCCAGCACCCCUGUAACCCAUAAAGAUGAUAUUUAUACCCAGACAACCCAAUAUAUAUAUAUAUAACGUUCCUGUGAGUGUUUGGCAGGUGAACGCACGAACGCAGUCUUGCUGGCUCUACUAGUGACCGAUCGAAUUUAAGCCACACUUUGUGGUCUGUAGCUAGCUGCAUGUGCUCCAAUAUUGGUGCAGUAAAAGUUCUGUGAAUGAUGAUCUGGCAAUGGUCUAGACUUGCCACCACUCGGUGUGGACGUACGAGAAGACGUGGCACCACAGAUCCCCUGGCAGCAGCACACCACAUGACGUCGGAGUGGCGGCAGUUUGGGAAGGUCCCGAGGGUUUGGACAAGAGGAUGGCGCGCGCAAUGCGUCGAAAGGGUCGGGGAAAUGUGUGGUGGACAUCGCGACUCCACUGGCGAUGGGCGGCCUCCAGCUGAUAAUCAAAAUGGCCGCUCUCUCGGGCCAACGAGUGCACACAUCCGACGUCGGCGAGCUGCCAGAGACCGCGGAGCACGCGAAGCGCGGGGGUGCCGUAGUACAGGUACUGCGACAUGAUGCCAUCGGCGGUGUACGUCGUUUGCCAAGCUAGUUGGUGGGCCGACCACUGUCCUGCGAGGGUGCACGUCUAGUACGUAAGAUGCAUGAGACAACGACAUGGAAGGUACUGGCGAGCGAUGAUCGACCU